AUGUAAUCAGAAUAGUUAAAAUUAAUGCAAACACAAAUUAUAGAUUUAUAAAGAGCUUUGCUUAAUUAAGUAUGAUUAUAGUAUUAUGUAGAUGCAAUAACCUCAUGUGCAAUAACCAUUGAGUCCUCCGAGAAAUGAAUAGACAUUCCACCCUUCAAAUAAAAGAAUGGGUUUGCCAGUCAUCUAAAAAUUAGAAUAAGAGAUAGAAGAGAUAGCUAAAUAAAUUUUAUGCGACAAGAUAGAAUCGAUGUAAAAUUCAACUAGGAAUUCUGUAAAUCAAUUAAUCUCAUACAAUAAUUCAAAUAAAUCUGAUACCUCUAAUCAAUUCAAAAUUUCAACCAAUAAAAAACAAUCCUUAGAUGAUUUAACUAUAACUAUGAAAGAAAGUGACAUUAAGAGAUAAAUUACAACAAAUUAAAUCUUGAUUUAAUAUAUUAAUGGAAAUAUUCAAUAUGAAAAUCAUUAAAACCAUUCUUAAUCUUUUCUCCUUUUUCUCUAUAGAAUUCAAAAUUACAAAAAAAUACUUAUCGAUAAAUUCACUCCCCAAAAUUCAAUCAAAAAAAUGAUGUUUCCUAAUUUAACUAUAUGA